AUGGAGAAAUCAAACAAUAGAAUGAUGAUUGAAGGAGAUUCUGAUUCACCUAUAGAAUUAAUUUCUAGCUCAAUUACUGCUGAAAAAGAUAAUGUUAUUUUAGAAGAAAAUAUCAAUGAAGAAAGAGAUGAUGCGGAAAGAGAUGAAGAUGCUGCAAGUAUAAUAGAUUAUUACAAAUAUGAAAAGGAUGAAAACAUAAGUAAAUGUCUAGCAGGUUAUACAGUAUCAGACUACAAUGAGGGAUAUGUGUUAUACAAAGCUCAUUCAAGGUCUGUUAGUUUCAGUAGAAAAGAUAGGGAGGUAAAUGAGACAAGAACUGGAUGCAAAGCUCAUAUUCGUUUCAAGAAAAAUAAAGAAGGAAAUUUCGAAGCUGUUACACAUGAGUUGGAGCAUAAUCAUGAAUUGGUUAUAGCAGUUCAACGACAUCAUCUAAGAUCAGAAAGGCAAAUAUCAGCACCAAUGGGUGAGCUAAUUGAGAGUAUGGUUGAAAGUGGUAUCAAACCAAUGGAUGCUUACAAUUAUAUCACCAAUGAAGCUAGAGGAGAAGAAUGUGUAGGUCAUACUAAGAGAGACCACCUUAACUAUGUAUCAAGGGUGAAAAUGAGUAUGGUUGAAGGUGGAGACAUGCAGAAUGUAUUAGAUACCCUUCAAGAGAGAGCAGAUAAUGAUCCUUCAUUCUUUUAUAGACUGAAAUUUGGAGAAGAAAACAAUGUGGUGAGCUAUUUUUGGCGUGACCCUCAAAUGCUUGAAGAUUUCAAAGCCUAUGGGGAUGUUUUAAUCUUUGAUACAACAUACAGAACCAACAAAUAUGGGUUGAUAUGUGCACCAUUUGUUGGUAUAAACUGUCACUGGAGAACAACAAUGUUUGGAUGUGCAUUCAUAAGUGAUGAAAAGACUGAGACAUUUGUUUGGCUUCUUAAAAUUUUCAAAAAGUCAAUGUGUGGAAUUGAACCAAAAUCAAUCUUCACUGAUCAGGAUCUUGCAAUGAGUAACGCCACACCAGAGAAAUUAUCUAAUUCCUGA